GAGCCGUGUGGAGUGCGCACCUCAAUGUCUAACUGUCUUAAGCAAAGAAAGCAUUAAUUUUUAGCAACAUGGUCACGUUUGAGGAAAUCAUUGAGAAAGCCCGCAACUUCUCCAAGAAACCUACCCAGGAAGAGUUCUUGGAAUUCUACGGCUAUUAUAAGCAGGCUACAGUUGGUGAUUGCAAUACCGAUGAGCCAGAGGAUCCAGUCCGUAAAGCCUUGUGGAACUCUUGGAAGGAGAAGGCCGGUUUGACCGUCGAAGAUGCGAAAGCUCACUACAUAGAAGUGUACAAGAAAUACGCACCAAAAUAUGAAUAAAUUUAUUUUUUAAUUAAAUGCUAACCGCUUUUUCAGUUAUUCUUAAUCUUCCUUGACUUGUCAAAUUAUGUGAUCAAAUCUUUGAAUAAAUAAUAUGAUGGCAUAUGAAUACGAUAUGCCCUAAAGCA